CGGACGUGAACCGUUUUAAUCCGGGUCUGUGCUCAAUGUCGGGCUGCAUGUUUGUUUGGAUUUUGCCUCAUUGGAGCGUUGCUAAUCCCUUCUAAGUAUUCGGGAUGGAUACAAACCUAAGAGUCCAGGAUGACCCUGGCGGUCAGUGCGGUCCGCACUUUUAGGGGUUACAAACUUUGACGCAAUUCCUAAGCGAGACGUACAGUAACUAAAUAUGUAGUCCUGUCAUGCUUGGAGUUGAUUUAAAUCGUUCCAUAUUGAUUACCAAGGCCUCUUCUGGUUUGUCUUUCUACACGGACGCGAACAGUUUCAACCAAAUUCCAAGAUGAGGGGGUUAUGGAGUUUGGUAGUCGUUGCGACCGCGUGCUUGUCGUCGCUGUCGCGAGCUCAGUCCAUGCCAGCAUGCGCGACUGACUGCUUAGGUGUAUCUCUUGCGCAGUCAGCUUGUGAUCCGGCUGACACGGCGUGCAUAUGCUCAGACACCGUACUGCUCUCGAGUGUUGAGACAUGUGUGUUAGCUAAUUGCACUGUUAUUGAAGGCCUUGCGGCGAAGAACGCUACGAAUACACUAUGUGGUGUAGAAGUUAGAGACAUUACGGCGACCACCCCCAUCAUUGUCGCCGUCUCCGGAAUUUUGGCCAUCAUAGCGGUGGUAAUGAGAGUGAUGGACAUCUUCCCUAAUCGAAGCAUACAGCCUGCCGAUGUGUGUGCGGUAUUUGCUCUCUUGACCGGAAUACCGUUGGCAGUUUUGGAGCUUGUCAUGUCAUCUCUUGGCUUCGGCAAGGAUAUAUGGACAUUGACGCCAUACCGCAUAACUCUUAUUGUGAGGUUCACAUGGGUGACGGAGCUCUUGUACUUCAUCCUGCUGGCUUUAACGAAGAUUUCCCUCCUUUUAUUUUAUCUUCGAGUCUUUCCCAGCGAGAAGUUCAAGAGACUUUGCUACAUUACUAUGGGUGUCGUGAUAGCUUCAGGUAUCGCCUUUACCCUCACCGGAAUCUUUUACUGUACACCCAUCUCGUACAUCUGGACUGGUUGGACUGGUGAGACAAAAGGUCAUUGCAUCAACUUCAAUGCCUUCGCGUGGUCGCACGCCGUUACUAGCAUUGCACAAGACUUGUGGAUCAUUGCGCUUCCUAUUCCUUCACUCCUCAACCUACAACUUGGUAGGAGAAGAAAAAUCCACUUGGUUCUCAUGUUUAGUGUUGGACUUGCAAUCACCGUGGUUAGUGUAGUUCGCUUGACAACUCUAGUGCAGUUUGCCACAACAACAAACCCAACUUAUGACAGCGUCUCAACAGCAUACUGGAGUGUGCUUGAAGCCUACGUCAGCAUCAUCUGCUGUUGUCUACCCUCCGUGCGAUCUCUUCUACGCACUAUGGUCCCCUCCUGUUUCGGCUCUUCGAACGAUCCCAACUCCCAGUCAUACAAAUUAUCGGGAACGCCAAUGAAAAACUCGAGAGUCAUCAACAAGACUGUUACACAUCAGAUAUCUUACACCCCACGAUCAAACGAGUCCGAUGAUAUUGAAUUGGUGGAGAAGGGUUCGGGCCAGCCGACGAAAUAUUCAGGUUGGUGAGGUUUUAUCAGGGCAAGGGUGUAUUAUAAAAAUAUUUUCAACAACUCCUCGGGCGGGAAGCUCAUUUGCUGGGUUCUCAUAGAAGCCAAGGCGUUAUCUAAAAGCGAGCGUUGUAUUACUAUCAAUAUCUGAAUACGAGAAAAUAGAGUCCAUUACGAUCAAUUUGUGGAAGUGGUAUUCAUCCCAAAUGGGAAACCAACCUUAG